AGAGCCUAGCGAGGACUCGCUGGUGUCCCGGCUGGAGGUGGUGACGCUGCCCUCCCGCCUGCCAGGGGAGCUGCCCGUGAGGAGCUGUGCCCGGGAGCUGCAGCUGCCUGUUCACGAGUGGCCACACACGGGGCCUGCAGGGCACUUUGAUGUGGGUGUGGUGGCAUCUUUCGGUCGUCUCCUGAGCGAGGACCUGAUUCUGCAGUUCCCAUAUGGUGUGCUGAACAUCCAUCCCAGCUGUCUCCCACGCUGGCGUGGUCCUGCACCCAUAGUCCACACAGUGCUCCAUGGGGACAAGGUGGCUGGAGUGACAAUCAUGGAAAUAAGACCAAAAAGGUUUGAUGUAGGUCCAAUUAUUAAGCAAGAAGAGUUUGCUGUUCCUCCCUGCUGUACUGCACAGGAGCUGGAAGGGAUGUUAGCAAAGAUAGGUGCAGACAUGCUGUUAGCAGUUUUGAAAAACUUGCCUGAAAGUUUAAAAAAUAAAAAAGAGCAGCCAAAAGAAGGAGUGACAUUUGCUCCUAAAAUCUCUAUAGCAAAGAGCUACAUAAACUGGGAAGAGCAAACAGCUGCACAAGUGAUUCAGCUGCAUCGUGCGAUAGGAAGCAUGUUUCCUUUGCAGACACUCUGGAAAGGCACUACUGUUAAACUUCUGGAUUUUGUGGAAGUGGAUAAUAUCCCUGGUCUUGCUGAUCAAACACUGAAUGACUGUGGAGCUGUUCCUGGUUCUCUGCUGUUCCAUAAAGUGUCCCAAACACUGAUAGCUCGCUGCAAGGAAGGCUGGGUUGGAAUCAGAACAGUUCUAUUAAAGAAGAAGCUUACAGCAGUUGACUUCUACAAUGGAUAUAUGCACUGUUGGUUCCAGCAGAAUCCAAGAACGGUUCACCAGGAAUGCAGAUUUCAGACACUCAAACUUAGCACAUCAAAAAAGACUGAAAGAGAAGGGAAUGUUGGCACAGGAUAUAAAACAAUAAAUGUACUUUAGAAUGUGGAAGAUGUCUGUAAGUUAAUAGUAAUAUGAAGUAUUUCAAAGCCACCUAUAACAUUCAACUUAAUUUAGGGGUUUCCUCCCAAAGUGUUGGAUCUUAUUCUCAUCUGUGUGUUUUCAUCCUGGGUUCCUGAUGAUACUCCUUCUCCUCCCCCAUCAGGGAAGAGAAUCAGUGAAUGCUGAAGAUGGUGAAUACAUCCCUCUUUCCACGGCUGAGAAAUAAAUUUAUUUUUAU